AUGAAUCCAAUUUACGACCCAGUUGUAUUGCUAUUAGAACAUCCUUACAGACGUUGGAGUACAUAUGACAAAAAUGAUUUGCUUGCGCAAGGAUACGCUGAUUUUAAAAAUCUAUCCAGAAGUAUUCUGAGACACGAAAGUUCCAAAGACCAUGUGCACAAUUAUUUAAAUCUAAAAAAUUUAGAAAAAAAUACUACUAGUGUUAUAGAUAUAUUAAGUGAACAUGGAAAAUUAUUUAAAUUGCGAUAUAAUGAAAAUGUAAGAUUAAAUAGGUUAUGCAUGGAACACAUAAUUGAUUUAGUAUUAUUUCUGGCUAAACAAGAGUUGGCUUUUCGCGGGCAUGAUGAAAGUUCUAGUUCUACAAAUAAAGGCAAUUUUAAAGAGUUAGUUGAAUUACAUUUUAGUAGAUGCUCAUUAGAAGUACAAAAUCAUUACAAAUCAUUGCAGAAUAAAUUUACAGGUACAUCAAAAAUCAUACAAAAUGAAAUAAUUUCAUGUAUAGCAGAAUAUUUAGUUGAUCACAUUAAAAAUGAAAUUAAACAGACCAUGUUUUAUUCUGUACAAGUCGAUAAUACUACAGACAUAACUCAGAAAACACAAUGUUCUGUAAUUUUAAGAUAUAUAACUAAUAAGUCUGAGUUGGUUGAAAGUUUUUUUGGUUUUUAUGAUUUGGUUGGUCAAUGCUAUGAUGGUGCUAGUGUAAUGGCUGGGCAUUUAAAUGGUUUACAAGCUCGAAUAAAAGAAAUUGCACCAAAUGCAUUAUUUACUCAUUGUUUUGCACAUAAAUUAAAUUUAGUUUUGCAACAUGGAUGUAAUAGUAACAAAAUAUCUUGA